AGCUGAAAUUUCUUCUUUCUUCUUCUUCUUCUUCAUACGUAUUAUUCUCGCCAUCAUCAAUUUCCGAGCUCUGUUUCCCCCCUUCCCGAAGGUCUUCUCUCUCUCUCUCCACCUCGAAUGGCGGCGACGGUGAGGUCCGCCAGGUCGACGGAGCUUCUCCCGGCGAAGAAAUGGACCAGCCCCGAGCGGACCAGAGUCUGGGCCGAGCCUAGGCCCAAAUCGGACCGCAGAGUUCCCGUCGUUUACUAUCUCUCCCGGAACGGCCAGCUCGAGCACCCGCAUUUCAUGGAGGUCCCUCUCUCUGCUCCUGAAGGUCUCUAUCUCAGAGAUGUGAUCAAUCGCUUGAAUUCUCUCCGCGGAAAGGGAAUGGCGGCGCUCUAUUCAUGGUCUGCCAAAAGGAGCUAUAAGAACGGAUUUGUUUGGCACGAUUUGACGGAGAACGAUUUCAUCUACCCGGCGCACGGCCACGAGUAUGUUCUCAAAGGAUCGGAGCUCAUGGAGGGAGAACCCGAGGAGUUAGGGUUUUCUGGCGCGUUGCAGUUGUUACCGGAAGUCCGAAAAUCCAGUGCGGAUCGCGAGUAUUCCGUAACGGAACAGAGACGGAACCAGUCGUGGAGCGCCUCGGAUUUCCACGAGUACAGAGUGUACAAGGCGGAGUCCGGCGGGGAGUCUUCCGGCAGAGCCUCCGACGCCUGGACUCAGACAGACGAAAAACACCGCCGUAGGAGACCGGUCCGGGUGGUCAAGGAGGAGUGCGGAGACGAGAAGAAGAAAGACCUUGAAGUAAAAAACCCUGUCCAGAGCACGGAGCUCUGCAGAGGGGAGAUAUCGCCGCCUCCGUCGGAUUCCAGUCCGGAAACGCUCGAGACAUUGAUGAAAGCCGACGGCCGGCUGAAUCUCCGGCCAGAGACGAUAACCGAAGAUCCAAUCGCCGCCAAAGGAAAGCACAAAUCUUCAUCGGUGUUACUCCAGCUGCUAUCCUGCGGGUCCUUCCGGGACUGCGGCGGGAGAGACGAUGAAUUCUCUCUGAUCUCUCACUACAGAACCAGACUCCCACGCGGGGGGAAUUCGGUGGAGAAAGAUGCAGAGAUUGCCACGGUGGAGUUCUCUGCUAAAAUGAACUCAUUAAUGGAGGAAAAGGAGUACUUCAGUGGGAGCUUACUGGAGACGAGGAAGGACGAAUUCACGGGAUUGAAGAGAUCUUCAUCUUACAAUUCUGAUCGGAGCACAAAGCAGCUGGAAGUGAGCCAGAAAGAAGUAGACAGACUGGGAGUUGGCAUAAAGCAUUCCAAGAAUGCCAAUGAUCCAUCCAGACAACAUCACAGAGUAAUUCAGCAAUAAUUAAUUAAUAAAUUACCUCUUAAAUAUGGAGUUUAAUUAACUAGCUGGGAUUUCAUGUAAAAUUAUCUUUAUCUAGUUAUGUUCUAGUUUUCAUUUUAUUUUUUGUAGAAAAAAGGCGCGAUUAUAGUUUCAUAUGAAUAGCUGAUUGGCCUUUGUUGGGGCAAGUGUUUAAUAGAGCGCUUAAGUCUGG